CGGGGGGCUCUGCCGUCCCUCGUCCCGUCCCUCCGGGCUCCAGCCGGCAGCCCACGUCCAGGGAGGGCGGAGAGAGGAGGAGGGGAGGGGAGGGAGGAGAGAGCGGGGGGAGGGAGGCAGGCAGGCGAGAGAAGGGGAGCUGCUUGGAGCCCGGACUUCCCAGAGCCAGCCAGGAGCGCGCACUCGGCGGCUCUCCGGGUCCCCACCGCGCCCCGCCGCCCCGCACCUCCCUCCUCCUCUCGGGGUACCCCCUCGCCCUCUCCCUCCAGCAGUUGCUACGCCCGCGCCAGCGGCCGCCCCCCAGCCCCUCUCGGCCACAUCCCCAACUCUGCGGACUCACUCCCGGGACGCGCGUCCUCGCCCCAUCCUUUCUUCCUUCCUGCCUUCCCUCGCGCCCGCCCGCCCUCUCCAGGUCUCCCUAGCGGGUCGCGAUUGUCUCCGUCCCCUCCGCGCUGCGCCGGCGCCUCGCCCUGCCCCGUCUCCCCCUCGCACUUCCUGAGUCGCCGGCCGCCGCUGCCCCGACUCCAGCCCGCGGCGCCCGGGGAAGGGAGAAGUGGGCGAGCGCGCCCUCGCCCAGCCCCGCGCCCUAGCCCUGCCCGGCGAGGGAGGACCGGGAAGAUGAACAACGGCAGCAAAGCCGAGAAGGAGAACACCCCGAACGAGGCCAACCUUCAGGAGGAAGAGGUCCGGACUCUCUUUGUCAGCGGUCUCCCUCUGGACAUCAAACCUCGGGAGCUAUAUCUGCUUUUCAGACCAUUUAAGGGCUACGAGGGUUCUCUUAUAAAGCUCACAUCUAAGCAGCCCGUAGGUUUUGUCAGUUUUGACAGUCGCUCAGAAGCAGAAGCUGCCAAGAAUGCUUUGAAUGGCAUCCGCUUCGAUCCUGAAAUUCCGCAAACACUACGACUAGAGUUUGCUAAGGCAAACACGAAGAUGGCCAAGAACAAACUAGUAGGAACUCCAAACCCUAGUGCUCCUCUGCCCAACACUGUACCUCAGUUCAUUGCCAGAGAGCCGUAUGAGCUCACAGUGCCUGCACUUUACCCCAGUAGCCCUGAAGUGUGGGCCCCGUACCCUCUGUACCCAGCGGACUUAGCGCCUGCGCUGCCUCCUCCUGCUUUCACCUACCCCGCUUCACUGCAUGCCCAGAUGCGCUGGCUCCCUCCCUCCGAGGCUACUUCUCAGGGCUGGAAGUCCCGUCAGUUCUGCUGAAUCCUGCGGGGACUGCCGAGGGCAGAUUUCACUUGCUGACAUUCUGGGUACCAUAAAAGGUCAGGACUUCCAGAGGGCUCUCGUCCUGGGUCAGAAGGCCAGAGCCUCACCUAACAGGAGGAUUAGCAAUAGGCAUCAGAGCCUCAGAAAUCCCACCCCCCAGGGGUGGUCCACACUCCAACCCAUCAGGAUUCUUCCUCUGGCAAUAAGUAAGUUGAGGGAUGACAUUUUUGUACUGGAAGACAUCAACUUCAAUAAGCUACGCUUGUACCUUUCCUUCUCCUAACCCAGUGUAUUGCUGAGUGUGGUCAAAGAGCACUUGUCCUUGGGUAGAGACUUACAUGCUUGUGGGGUUGGAGCUUAAAAGAUUUCUUCACCAAGCAAUUCUCAGAACCUUUAUAACAAUGUGAAUCGUUGAGAUCAGGAAACUCUAGGAUGCAACAGUAUUUCUCAAACUUGAGACCAGGAAACCCUUUUCUCAGAAUCUUAGGAGACUCAGGUGUUACUUAGAACACGCCUUGGGAAAACUUGCCCUCACCUCACCAAGAACCUUAAACCAGUGGCACCCAUGCCUAUAACCCUCAGACCAGUAGUCAUCUGUCCAUGCUUGUCACUCAUCUGUGAAGAAAGGGGAAAAACCAGGGUUCUUCCCUUAAAGCUGCUUGUAUUUGUUCUUUAUUCUGGAAUGAUGUUCUCUUCUGUGUUAAAAUACACUUGAAUGAAACGGUAAUGUUAGUGAAUGACAAUUAUAUUUUAAAUGUUCGUGGUAGAUACCUAAAAUGUUCCUUUAAAAUAUUUUGUGACAUCUUAAAGUUUGUUAUUUAAGGGACUUUUUUUCCCUGCCUGAAAACACAAAUUUUAAGUUUUGAGGUGUUCCCGAGUCCCUUUAAGUACAGAAUUUCCUAAGUCCAUGCUUCAUAUCAAUAUGCAGGCCCAUAAUUAAUUAUUAUUAUAUUUUUUUAUGUGGACCAUAUUUAAAGUCGAAUUUGUUACAAUACUGCUUCUGUGUUAUAGGCGGGGUUUUUGGUUUGGUUGUUUUUUUUGGCCAUGAGGCAUAUGGCAUCUUAGCUCCCCAACCAGCGAUUGAACAGGCACCCACAGCAUUGGAAGGUGAAGUCUUAACUACUCAGCCACCACGGAAUUCCCCAUUUACUUUCACACUUGAUUUAUAUAUCCCCAGCCAUUGUGUCUUUGUUCUGAAAAGCCUUAGUCAUUCCAUUCUGUGGGAACCUCCUCCCUUAGCGGGUGGCGCGGGACCAGCACGGUCGUGUUACAAGCUCCAGAAGACACUGUCCCCACGCACCUCUCUCUUCCAUGACCAUGUUUCUCUCUCAGUGUUUGGAGGCUGGUAGGCAUUUACCUAGAGGUGUCUAGGGUAAGAAAACCGAAAACUGUGACGCUCAUGAAGGAGAGCACAGGGUGGAAUGUAGAUCUGGCUUUUUUUUUUUUUUUUAGCAUCAGCUAACAGUUGAGGAGAUGAAUGACAUCGGAGGGGAGGCCAGUGGGACAGAACCUGGAGGCUCCCCCGACUGUCAGGAGUCAGCUUGUCCGCAGUGAAGAGGGACCAGGAGCGGGGGCAGCCCGGGGCCGGGGCGGGGGGGCAGUGUUGAGCUGCUUGGUCUGCAGCGUCGGAUGCUGAAGGAAAGCUGUGUGAGAUGCUGGCAUUUCCAGUUGGCAAAAGGUGGUGGUGGAGGCAUAGGGCCUAAGGGAGGAUUUUGCUUUAAGCGUUUAUAAAGAACAAAGAGAAGACGUGAUCAGUAAGCAGUUGAAGAGAGCUCCCUCCUUUCCCCAGAGACCUAGUGUGGGUGUGGCCUCCAGGGCAGGGCUGGCAGUUGCCCCCGCCCCCACCCCACUCCCCUUGAAGUACAAUUUCUAAGACACGGUCGGAUCCACAUAAGGAUGUCAUGUCUCCUGUGGCUGCAUCGUUUGUUCUGAGAUAAACUCGGGCCACAGGCCAGGCGCCUUCCUUGGGGUCUGAGGGACUCGAGUGGGUCGAGGAGGUGCUUAGGGAGGAAGACAGAUCCCUGAGCUCAUUACACCGCGCUUGCGGUUGGGGCUGCAGUCUCCCGUCCCGCCCGAAGUUAGACCAGCUCAGUAGGGCCCCAUGACUCAGGCUCUGUCCAGCCUCUUGGACCAAGCCCUUUCCGAGACAGCUAAUAAUCCAGGCUGAGUAAUCGUAGGGAAAUGUAAGUUAGAAUUGAAAACAGUGGCGCCGCUGCAACGGCCAGCGUGUUAUAGCAGAAGGAGUCCCUUGAAAAGGCUAAGUGAGGGGUUCCAGGUGUGUGAUGGUGGCUGCAAUCUGUCUUGUGGGUAUUAAUGCAAUCUUCAAGUGGCUACUGUUCUCGAGCUGUUCUACAAAACUGGAGCGUGCUGGCUUGAAAAACACCUCGCCCAGUUUUGAGCCCUUCAAGACUUUGCCACAGCCUCUAUCACACAUCUGUUUUUCUCGAAGAAAAAAAAUAUAUAAUAAAAAAUGUUUUACUCUUUUACACUGUA